AUGGAGGUUGACAAUAUCCGCAACGGCGGAAACUACUUCGGCGAUAUGAUGCCUUUCAACAAUAGUGCCAAACACUGCUUUGACGGCUUUGACACCGAAAUAGCCAUUGCAAACGAAUUUCCGGACCAACCUCAUCUCCUUACUUCCAAUGGAGAUCAAGAUGUGUUUCUCGACGACUUCCAGAACAGUGGCUUUAUCACGGGUUCUUUCGAGACGGGGUUCAAACCAAAUACGGUCUCCCCACAAGCCAUCUGGAGCGAGGAACAUCUGCAGCAAAUAUUCUCUCAAGCGAACAGCUUUGGAUUUCCACAGCAGCUAGUGCAACAGGGGGAACCGCUUCCGAAGCAUCCAACCGAUAAUAUUCUCGAAUGCCCAAAACCGAAGCAUGAUACCAAAGGCCAAGGCGAAGAGCCGCCUGCCCCUCCUAAAUUGAAGAGGGGCAGAAAAAAGGGGAAGAAGAAGGAACUUAGCGAGGAAGAAAGCAUGAUCAAGCGGGACAAGCUUCUUGAGCGUAAUCGCCAAGCUGCUAGUAAGUGCAGGCUCAAGAAAAAAGGAUUGACGCAAAAGUUGGAGGCCAGGGCGGAGGAGCUAUCGCUUGAACAGCAGUCAUUGCUACUUGAAUUCCAGGAGGUCAAGGAAGAAACAUUGAAACUCCACCGAGACCUCAUAGAGCAUGCCAACUGUAAAAACCCCAUAAUCGAGGAGUUUUUGAAGGUACAAGCAGCUAUCGCUGCAAAUCCUCCAGAGCAGCCGCAGUAUACUAUGAUGAGAACAGCUACUCAAGAGAGCGAGAUAAUUUUGGGAGGCAUGAGCCCUGAUGUGCGCAUGCCGUUAACCCAGCCGAGUAGGAGAAGCGGGUCAUCUACUUUCGCCUACCAUCCACACUCCCUACCUUCUCUUGACACUGGGGACCUUUCGUUAGAACUUCCCGAUGGAACUCUCCACGAAGAGAGAAAUCAAAAUUCCGGUGUACUGCAGGAAGGUUCGAUCAGCAUGUCGCGACAAGGAUCAGGCGCAAGUGCGGGAAGUGUCGGAGACUCUGGAAUUAGCAAUAUGGGUACACCAGUCAAGUUGAAGUUCGAUCCAGCUCAAUUUGACGAAGGAUUUUCAAACAACAUGCCGCUGCACGUUGCUGUGAUCUGA